ACCAGUCGAGCUCCGAGGCUCUGCCUGUCGAGUGUGACCUACGCUUAUUCUUCAGCGGCGGAAGACGUCCGUGUCAAGUUUGAGUGGUUUCCAAGGAGGAAAGUGGGUCGGUUCAUGCGUCUUCCGGCCGGGAGCGAUAGCGCGAUGUGGGGCGACAUGUACGGCGGCGUCUGCUCCGCGCUGAGCGAACACCACGGCGAACUGAUCCAGACCGGCAGCCCGAGCAUCCUCUGUUCCGCCCUCCCGAACCAUUGGAGGUCCAACAAGUCGCUGCCGGCCGCGUUCAAAGUCAUCGCCCUCGACGAUGUCAACGACGGGACGGUCGUCACUGUCAGGGCGGGCAACGACGAGAACUACUGCGCAGAACUGCGGAACUGCACGGCAGUCAUGAAAAACCAGGUGGCCAAGUUCAACGAUCUUAGGUUCGUCGGAAGGAGCGGAAGGGGGAAGAGCUUCUCACUGACGAUCGUCAUCGGUUCGAGUCCGCACCAAAUCGCCGUCUACACGAAGGCCAUUAAAGUCACCGUCGACGGCCCGAGGGAGCCGAGAUCAAAGUCAAAUUUUCAUUAUAUGGGAGGUACCCAAGGAGCUGUUGGUUUCGGCGGUUUUUCACUGCUUCCCCCCCACUGGCUGGACGCAGCUUAUUUGAGCAGCUACUGGACGACGGCCGACUACCUGCGGAGGCCGCCUCUCGAUCUUUGCAAGCUGCCGCCCCCGCCGGCUGCCGCGCCGAUCCCCUCGCCACCAAAAGUUGACAACAUGACGUCUAACGAGAGGCUAGCGCAGCAUAAAAGCGACUUAGUUUUCAUAUAAAAGCUGAGAGUCUGUAACAGAUCGAGACCCUCGAAUGGCUGCAAACAUGUGCAUGAAAGACGGAAAAGAAGUAAAAACAUCUCAGCUGUUUGUCAUCUACUAAACUUUCGACAUGAAUAUUAUUAUUAUCUGUGUGGUGUUUAGUGACCGUUACUUAAUGAUUAUUUGGAUAAUUAAAUUAUUAUUAUUAUCUAAACUUAUCUUGCUUUAAAUACACGUGCUACGUGGUUGUAGCUUCUAACAAGUAGUCAACUUAAUUUAUACAAUUUUGUUUUGCGAUAAAAAUAUUAUUUAAAAAAUUCUUAUUAGAAAAAUUAGUAUGUUUAUGGCACAAAAGAUGCCGAAACCUCGUCAUAUUUAAAUGUUCAUUCCCUAUUUACAUCAUUUUACAGACAUGUACAUUUAUGCUUAUAUUUGUUUUAUUAUAAGGUAUAACGUUUGUAGUUCGAUGAUUUUAUCGAUUGGGUUGAUUUUAACGCCUUUUCCAACAAUUAAAACAAUGUCGCAAUGGACAAACCAUUACGCAAUUAUUUUCGAUUAGAAACAAUAGUUCUACUUUUGAUUAAACUCCAU